AUGUCUAGCUUCGCUGUGCCAACAAAUCUUGUACCUCUAAAUGACCAGAAUUCGUCGUCAAAAACAGUACAAAAUGGAGUUCCCACUUCGGCUACUUUUAAAACCAAAGUAGGGCUUGCUCAAAUGCUAAAGGGUGGUGUCAUUAUGGAUGUAAUAAAUGCUGAGCAGGCGAGGAUAGCAGAAGAGGCUGGUGCUGCCGCCGUAAUGGCACUAGAACGAGUUCCGGCAGACAUUCGGAAAGAUGGUGGUGUGGCACGUAUGUCCGAUCCUAAAAUGAUUAUAGAAAUAAAGAAUGCAGUAACAAUACCAGUAAUGGCCAAAGUUAGAAUUGGGCAUUUUGUAGAAGCACAAAUUUUGGAAGCAAUCGGCAUAGAUUUUAUCGAUGAGUCUGAGGUACUUACCCCAGCAGACGAACAACAUCACAUCAACAAACAAAAUUACAAGGUCCCGUUUGUAUGUGGUGCCAAAAAUUUGGGCGAAGCUCUUCGACGUAUUUCGGAAGGUGCUGCAAUGAUACGUACUAAAGGCGAAGCCGGCACAGGCAAUGUUGUUGAAGCUGUCCGCCAUAUGCGGACUAUCACUUCGGAAAUCAAACGAGCAUCCGUGAUGAAUGACGAGGAGUUGUAUAGUUAUGCAAAGGAGUUACAGGCACCGUAUCAGUUAUUGAAGGAGACAGCACAAUUGAAGAGACUUCCCGUGGUGAAUUUUUCAGCCGGUGGAGUUGCAACACCUGCAGAUGCUGCUAUGAUGAUGCAACUUGGUUGUGAUGGCGUAUUUGUUGGUUCGGGAAUAUUUAAAUCGGGUGAUCCCGCUAAAAGGGCGAGGGCAAUCGUUCAAGCUGUUACAUAUUAUAAUGAUCCUAAAAUUCUAGCGAGUGUUUCAGAAGAUCUCGGUGAAGCUAUGGUUGGCAUAAACAUUGACACGUUACAAAAGAACCAGUUGCUGGCAAAUCGUGGAUGGUAG